AUGCUUCUGUACGAUUUCCGGAUCGAACACAUCUCCACUGACCACUUCGGACAUGCAGACAUCCUCUCACGCUUAAUCAACUCCCACAUCAAGCCUGACGAGGACUACGUCAUCGCGUCGAUCGAGGUGGAAACCGUCAUCUGCAAUGUCGUCUGCCAGUCCGUUGAGCAUCUACCAGUUUCGUACCACACGAUAGCUGCCGAGACUAGCCAGGACCGGACACUGCAGAAAGUCAUGGAGUUCGUGGACAAAGGCUGGCCCAGCGACGCGAAAUCCCUCUCCGGAACACCGGAGGUCCAGCAGUUCUUCGCGCAUCGUGACUCGCUGUACUUGGCCCAGAAGGUGCUGAUGUACAGUGACCGGAUUGUAAUCCCGAAGAAGCUGCAGAAGAAGGUCCUCGAACAACUGCACCGAGGGCACCCCGGCAUCGAUCGGAUGAGGUCAUUAGCGCGCACUCUCGUUUACUGGCCCAACAUCGAUGACCAAAUCUCCGCUCUUGUACGCGCCUGCCAGGAAUGCGCGUCGGUUGCGAAAGCUGACACCAAAACGAAGCUCCAGUCGUGGCCGACCCCCGAGAAGCCGUGGCAGAGGGUACAUGCGGAUUUUGCUGGUCCCAUCAACGACACCUACUUCCUGCUUGUGGUCGACUCUUUCUCCAAAUGGCCGGAGAUCAUUCCGACCAAGCGCACCACAACAGCUGCCACCAUUUCGAUCCUCCGCAAAAUUUUUGCUCGGUUCGGGAACCCGGAAGUGAUGGUGACCGACAACGGCCCGCAGCUAACCAGCGACACCUUCGAGCAGUUCUGCGAGUCCAACGGGAUCAUGCACCUCAAAACAGCACCGUUCCACCCCCAAAGCAACGGGCAGGCGGAACGUUUUGUUGACACCUUCAAGAGGACAGUCAAGAAAAUUCGGGCGGGAGGGGAAGAUCUGGACGAAGCUCUCGACAUCUUUCUCAACUGCUACAGAUCAACGCCGUGUCGGAACGCACCUGGUGGGAAAUCGCCUGCUGAGAUCCUACUUGGCCGACCAAUGCGCACAUCCUUGGAGCUGCUGCGCCCGCCAAGCAAGUUCACCAAGGACAACAACAACAAGCAGGACCAACAGUUCAACGCGAAGCACGGUGCGAAGGAGAAGAGCUUUGCGGUGCGAGACAAGGUGUACGCUCAGGUGCACCAAGGUAACAACUGGAGCUGGGUCGCCGGAGAAGUGAUCGAAUGUGUUGGACGAGUCAUGUAUAAUGUAUGGCUCCCCGAACGACAGCGUCUCAUCCGCUCACACAGCAACCAGCUGCGGCCGCGCUAUGACGACUGCGAUGGAGUACCGGAUCAAGCAGAGCAGACUAUCCCACUUGACAUUCUGCUAGGCGCCUGGGGUCUAAAACCAUCUGGAGAUUCCACUACGACCGAAGCAGCGCCGCCGCCGCCGGCUGAACCUGAGGGAUUGAGCGAUCUACAGCGAGAGUUCUUGCGAGAGCUUUUUCGAACAACCAACACGAAUCGACGACCACGGCCGGCAAGACCGGGUCCUGAAGUGCCGCUGCGCCGCUCGUCGAGGUCACGGGUUACACCGGUCCGCUACGAGCCGUACCAGCUCUACUAA